AUGCCCCUGGGCAGCGUGUCAGUGGUGUGUGGCAGCUCACGGCUUCAGAUCACGGUGCUGGUGGAUCUCUUUGGCAACGGUGUGACUGUCUCUACCAGGGAGCUGACGCUGGGGGCUGGCUGUGCUGUGACAACUGUUGGGCCAGAUAGAUUCCAACUAGAAUACCUGCUUUCGGCAUGUGGGGCCACCAUGGAGUUCCUCCCUGACACCAUCCACUACAGAAACUUCCUCCACUACAGACCUUCUGCUGUGAGGGGCGUGAUCCGAGCCAGCGCCUUCUCCCUCCCCAUAGACUGCUUCUACCCAAGGACCAGUAAUGUCUCUUCCUUAGGCCUCCAGCCCACCUGGGUCCCCUUCAGCUCCACCCUAAUGCACAGACGGCACCUGGACUUUGCCCUUGAUGUAUAUGACAGUACCUGGUUAUCCCCCCUGUCUGAUCCCACUUACUACCUUGGUGACCUGAUAAACAUCCAGGCAUCUGUGAGAACUGGCAGCCAUGUGCCUCUGAGGAUCUACGUGGAUGAGUGUGUGGCACGGCCAAGUGCAGCAUCUUCCAUGAAAUAUGAGGUCAUCACAGACCACGGGUGCCUUGUGGAUGGGCAGCACAGCCGCUCCCACUUCCUUGCCCCACGAGGAGACCAGUUCCUCCGUUUCCAGCUGGACACGUUUAUCUUCACUGGUGCUUCCAACAGCCAGAUCUACCUCCUGUGCCAUCUGAAGGCAGUGGCUGCCAGCCCUGCUGACCAGCACAACAAGGCCUGCUCCUAUGACCCAGCCACCACAGCCUGGCACUCCCAUGAAGGAGGCGACUGCUCCUGCUGUGCUUCCCCUGCUGGCUGUGGGAGCAGGAGGCGGCGCCGGCAUCUGGCUCAGGACAGGGAAGGGCUCCUUGGAGAAGCAGACCUCCAGCUUGGCCCCAUCAAGCUGGCCACCAAUUCCUCCAUUACACUGGGCUCCAGCCCCCUCACAUUGGCUUCUACAGAGCCCACCUCUGCCACAGCAGGGGCUGUUGAGCUCUCUUCCACUGUGGCCAUCUCUGGCACCCCUAAAGCCAUCCACCCUGACCUGUUCUCUCCCAAUCGGGCUGUGAACUCCAUUGUGAGAGGGGACACGAAGGAUUCCUCAGGGCUGCAGCUCCCCUUCUCCGUCACCACCCUGGCCAUUGCAGUGCUGUGCUCACUCUUUGUCUUCCUGGGAAUCCUGGGUUGCUACUGCUCCACCAAGCGCUACCACAGAGGAUACCGGAUGGGUGCCGUUGAUGCUGCCUUGGAGUCUGGUGCUGUCGCCAUGGCACCCACAGCCACUGGGGACUCCAAUGUAGCCUCUAAGAAACCUGGUGCUGUGGUGGCUGCAGCCUGUGGGGAGUCUGGCUCUGUAUGA